AUUCAGUUUCAGUCACUGCAAAGAGUCGCAGUGAACGAUUUCCGCCGUCAUAACAGACAACAUGACAGAAUCGGGGCAAAAGUUAAACAUAUUCAAGUUUUUAAAGAUCGUUAUUAGUAGUUUCUUCAUAGCUGCACUGCUGUUAUUUACUAUAGCAUCUAUCAGGACUCUUUCACUGGACGUUAAUGUCGGACUUCAACUCGCACGAUGGGAAAAGACGAAUAACCUCUCGCUUGUCAUAGACCACCACCAGAGAGAGGAGCUUCUUGCUAAUUUUAAAGAGGCUAUCCGGAUCCCCACGGUGUCUUUCUCAGAGAAGGAGAGCAACACCACGGCGCUGCUUCAGUUUGACAGGCUCCUCCGAAAAGUUUUCCCAACAGUUUUCUCUUCAAGCUUGGUUCACCAUGAAUUGGUGGCCAACUACAGCCACCUGUUUUGGGUGCAAGGAUCACAGCAUGACCUGGUGCCAUACCUGCUGCUCGCUCACAUCGAUGUAGUACCUGCCUCAGAAGCAGAUGGCUGGGAGGCGCCACCAUUUUCUGCCCAGGAAAUAGAUGGCUUCAUCUAUGGAAGAGGGACCAUAGACGACAAGAGCCCUGUAAUGGGUAUACUCCAGGCACUAGAGUACUUGCUGAAAAAAGGCUAUGCUCCACGCAGAGGAUUUUACAUUGGUCUUGGUCAUGAUGAAGAAGUCAGUGGUUUCAAGGGGGCGAUGAACAUAGUGCGUAUAAUGAAGCAGCGUGGUGUGCAGCUUUCGUUUGUCCUGGACGAGGGCCUGGCUGUACUUGACGGAGUCAUCAGUGGUCUUCAAGGACCUGCUGCGCUAAUUGGAAUCAGUGAAAAAGGUUCAGCGACUGUAAAGCUUAGUGUGUCUAUGGUCCCUGGUCACUCCUCGAUGCCUCCUCCUGAGUCCACUAUUGGGAUCUUGGCUGCAGCAGUCAAAAGACUAGAGGACAACCCUAUGCCGAGAUUAUUUGGUCAUGGGCCUGAACGCGAAACAUUUGAGCACCUGGCGCAAAAGUUCGGGCUCCCAAUGAAGUUCAUAAUGUCAAAUUUGUGGCUGUUCGCCCCACUUCUUGGCAGGAUACUUGAAAGAAAACCAGACACUAAUGCUUUUGUAAGGACAACUACAGCAGUCACCAUGUUUAAUGCUGGAGUUAAGGUGAAUAUCAUCCCUUCCCUCGCUGAAGCGUAUGUAAAUCUACGAAUCCACUCAGCACAAUCAUUAAAAGAGGUCCUGGACCUUAUCCAGUCUACAGUGGGGGACCAACGAGUGAAGAUAGAGCUUGUUGAUGGGUUUGACCCUCUGCCUGUGAGCUCUGCAGAUGAAAAGUCCUUUGGCUUCCAGAUCAUUAAGAAGACAGUGCUGGACAUGUUUCCAACAGUUACAGUUGCUCCAGGUAUCUGUAUUGGGAACACAGACAGUCGACACUUCAAAGACCUGACGAAUGACAUUUAUCGCUUCGCCCCCAUCUGGUUUAAACCAGGUGACGCUCAGAGAUUCCAUGGGAUCAACGAACGGAUUUCCAAAAAGAACUACGAGGAGCUUGUAGUAUUUUACUUUAGUCUGAUUCAAAACUGUGAUAUUCAGAAGCUCCCCGAACCUCACAGCUCUGUCCAUGAGCUCUAAGGAAUAUACUCAAAAGACUAUGGCUAACAAUCAAACAAAUGCAAUUUAAAAGCCUGUGUUAUUUUUAUUUAUAAUUUCAAUAGCACCCAAUGUAGUCAAUUAAUUUUCUAAAUAUAAUUUGAAUCUGCAUUUUAGACCAUAAGAAUUUUCCAUUAUCCUGCAAUCAGAUUAACAGUUAACAACAAACCGUUAUAUAAAUAAACAAACCUUAACCAUAGCCUUUUAGUCUUGUUUGAUGACCUACAGUGUUGACCUUGUUGUGAUGAAAUUAUAACAGGGUAACCAUGAGGAGCUCUUUAGCAUUUGUAAUUAGGAUUUUGUGCAACACUGCUGUAAUGAUGUUUGAAUGUAUAAUGAUGAUGGUAUUAUUUCAUUAAAUGAGUGAUAACAUUUUCGGUUUCACUGCUGCUUAUAAUACCGUAGUACCUGUAAUAAAUGAUAACUUGUAAUACAA